AACUGUGUCUCUAUGUGGUACCACUAGGCAACCGUGGGCGCAUCACUGGAUAUGCAAAAGUGCGCAGGAGCCGAGCAAAGAAAUCGAAGCAAAAAAAAGGGACGUAAGCAGCCAAAAGGAGCAUCUGUUGGAUCUUUGUAUCAGUGGAACAAUGAGAAACCCGUCGAUGUUCCCAUAAGAAGGAAAGGAAAAGCUGCAGGAAAAGAACCCUGGCGAUCGAGCCUCCAAAAAUGACGACAGCGGGACGGUGAUAUUCUUCUUCUUCUUCUUUUUCUUCUUCUUCUUCUCCUUCUCAUCAAGCUCUAUAUUUAUUUUUUUAUUUUUAUUUUUUUUUACCAUAUGCCUGGAGUUUAUCUCAUGUGCGCGCAGAGCACAAAGGAAAGGACUGGGAAACCGAAUUAUCUCCAACGCAGUCGCCAGUGCGCGCAGGGAGGUUUCGUUUAAUUGAAUCGAAUGAUUACGCAGAGACGUUUAUAUUAUUUGUGUUUUACAGAGCGCAGGGAGAGAGGGGGGAUUUAAGUUUCCAAUGAAAACUUACUGCGAGUGCGGCUCCUGAGCAAGUCGGUUAAAGCCUCAGCUUUCUAGGGGGAGAGAGAUGAGUGAUUCACGACGCAGUAACUGAUAAAGCUGUAAAACCUGGACUGCGACUGGCGCGUUUGGAUACCUCAUCCUUGAGAGUCUCUACUUACUUGAUUUUUAUUUGUUUAUUUCUGAUGGCUUCUUGUCAAGUCAUGUAUUAUUAAGAUUUCAUGGCUAUAGAGAGUAGCAACAGUGGUGUGUGGAGAAAGAGGACAGUAGAAGUCUAACAGGAGGGGUAAAGACAUCAUACUUUUCCAAACAGGAGAUAUUGCGCACGGCUGCAGCAACUACCAGACUUUUUUUUUCUUUUUUUUUUUUCUUUUUGAGGAACACUGAAUCCUUUAGUAUUUCUUUCUGUCAUCGUAGUAUGUCUGCACUUCGAAAGAAAUUUGGGGACGAUUAUCAGGUAGUGACCACCUCCUCCAGCGGGUCCGGAUUCAAUCAGCCUCCCCCAGAGAAAAAGAAGAAGAGGCAACGCUUUGUGGACAAGAACGGACGUUGCAACGUCCAGCAUGGGAACCUGGGCGGUGAGACUAGCAGGUACCUCUCGGACUUGUUCACCACGCUGGUAGACUUGAAAUGGCGCUGGAAUUUGUUCAUCUUCAUCCUCACCUACACGGUGGCUUGGCUCUUCAUGGCCUCCAUGUGGUGGCUCAUCGCCUACAUCAGAGGAGACCUCAACAAAGCGCACAACGACAAGUACACUCCGUGUGUGGCCAACGUGUACAACUUUCCCUCUGCCUUCCUGUUCUUCAUAGAGACCGAGGCCACUAUAGGCUACGGCUACAGAUACAUUACAGACAAAUGCCCCGAGGGGAUCAUUCUGUUUCUGUUCCAGUCCAUCCUGGGAUCGAUCGUCGACGCGUUCCUGAUCGGCUGCAUGUUCAUCAAGAUGUCUCAGCCCAAGAAGAGGGCAGAGACGCUGAUGUUCAGCGAGCAUGCGGCGAUCUCCAUGCGUGAUGGGAAACUCACUCUCAUGUUCAGGGUGGGAAACUUGCGUAACAGCCAUAUGGUCUCUGCACAGAUCCGCUGCAAAUUGCUCAAAUCUCGUCAGACUCCUGAGGGCGAGUUUCUUCCACUGGAUCAGCUGGAGCUGGACGUAGGUUUCAGCACUGGGGCUGACCAGCUCUUCCUCGUCUCGCCACUCACGAUCUGCCAUGUGAUCGACACCAAAAGCCCCUUUUAUGACCUCUCACAAAGGUCCAUGCAAACGGAGCAGUUUGAAAUCGUGGUGAUACUAGAAGGCAUCGUGGAGACCACAGGGAUGACCUGCCAGGCAAGGACGUCGUACACGGAGGACGAGGUUCUCUGGGGACACCGGUUCUUUCCUGUCAUCUCCUUGGAGGAGGGCUUCUUCAAGGUGGACUACUCUCAGUUUCAUGCCACGUUCGAGGUGCCUACUCCUCCUUACAGCGUGAAAGAGCAGGAGGAGGCCCUCCUUCUGUCCUCGCCCCUCAUGGCGCCCUCCCUGUGCAACAGUGGGGAGAAAAACAGCUCCCUGGACUGCCUGGAGACACUGGAGGACAAUGACAGCACCACCAAGCUGCCUACCAAGCUGCAGAAGAUCACGGGCCGGGACGGUCUGCCCAAGAAGCUGCUGAGGAUGAGCUCCACCACCUCAGAGAUGACUUACAGCUUCGGAGACCUGCCCAUGAAGCUGCAGCGAAUCAGUUCAGUCCCCGGCGUCUCUGAUGACAAACAGGCUGGGAAGGCCUCCAAGAUCAGCACAGAGCCCAUCAGUAAGUCGGUGGCGGACUUGCCCCCGAAGCUGCAGCGACUAGCUGGGGGAGGAGGCGGGAGGAUGGACGGACACUUGCCACCUAAACUUAGGAAAAUGAACUCGGAUCGCUUUACAUAAGAGCACACAACCAAUUUUAACUCCUGCUAUCUCCUUUUUUUUUUUUUUUCUGAACCUGAAAUCCUUGUACUAUUCCGUAUUUAUUAACGGACAAUAUUCUUAUAUUAAAGGAGCUGUAGAAUACGUGCACAAAUACCUUAUAUAAAGUAGGGGGAUGGAAAUGAGCACAUUUGUCCCUGGAUGUAAGUGUUCUUGCUCUAAUGAAAGACCUCAGAUUUAUUUAUUUUUCUUUCUCUUUUUUUUCCUCUUUUUUUUUCUUUUUUAGGAUGAUGUACAAUUAGCACAAUCUGGCAUGUAAGAAGCGACGCAUGUAGAACCGAAUCUCAGUUUCUGGCAUGACAAUUUGUUGAUUUCACAAAACAAAAAGACCAAAAAAAAAACAAAAAAACAAUUUCAUUAGUGAAUUUACAGACAGUGGACAAUUGCACAAAGCCAUAUGAUUUACACCACUGAAAACUUACAUUACACUGGUUCUAAUCUGUAGUGAAGAAAGGCACAUGUUUGUUUUGAGUUGAUUGCUUUUGUUGUUUACUGUAAAAUUGUGGCAAUGUUACGUUGGUUGCAUGCUCCUCUUACUGACUUAGCUAUACAAAGGUAAUAGACAAAGAUGUUUAGCCUUAACUAUAUUACCUUGUUCCCAUUUCCAUGUUUGUUCACAGCUGUAUUUUUUGGUAUUUCAUAUACAGACUAUUUUACCAUGUGCGCUUUAAAGAUUUUAUCUGAUUGAAUACAGAAAGUGCUACUAGAUGAUGCAUACUAUAUUUACAAAUGCGUUAUUAGCGUCAGUAAAACUGGGCACAACGAUACGCAAUUUUCACUUGCUUAUUAAUGUAACACUUAAGUUGAAAUACUCUAUAGCUGUAACCGAUAAGCACAAAACAAUCAUAUAAAUCCUUAAGAUGUUAGAAAGCCUUUCUUAUCUCAUUAUAUACCAAAAUGCAAUCUUCAGUAAGCCAGUGCCGCUUUAACAAGGGCACCACUAGAUUUUCAACUUACGUGUUACUGGUUAGAUUUGGUGGGCCUGUAAAAAAAAAAAAAAAAAAAUUGAAAUAAUCUUUGUUUUAAGGGACCAUAAUAUUCCUCCUUUGUGAUGAAAGCAAUAAUAUUAUAAAAACUACAACCUACAGCCACAGGGUCUACCACACCCCCUAUGAUUGUUUUGUUUACUUGAUCUGUGCCAUGAAAUCUGAUUUUCUCUAAAUGCAUCAAAGACAUUGUAUGAUAACUGAUCUAUUCAGGAAUAAAGAUCUAACGUAACUAUUUAGUAUCUUGGUACUUGGUGGAUUAUAUUUGGUGCGUUGCACGUUUUAUGAACGCCUUACUGCCGGCUGAUUACAAGAGGUAAUAAUCAGAAAUUCAAAAAAUAUACAUAUUCAUGUACUUAUAUGACCUGUUUGCAGCUCACAGCAUUUAUUUAUUUAUUUAUUUUUUUGUGGUCUCUAACAGAUUUUCUUCCAGGAUUUAGCUCCAUCCAUCUUCCCAUACACUCAGACCAGCUUUCAUGUCCCUCCUGAAGGAAAAAAGACACAGAACAAUGCGGCCACUAUGCCCGUUAAACACUCCAUGUGUUCAAGGUUAUACGCAUUACUAUUUUUCAGUCACAAAUCCAUUACCAAAAUGCAAAAACCUCUUAUCUGCAGCAUUGUCUGAUUGGUGGAUAUAACUUGGAGGACCAAGUUAUAAUUGCACUCUGCUUCAGUCUUAUCCAUGAAAAUCCCUCUCAUUGUUGGGACAAAAUAGUCACCUGAUUAAAAAACUACUAUCAGGCUUACUGGGAAGACGUUGGAGCAAAAUAAGAACCAUUUUUCUGAUAGAAAAUCUUGCAAUUUGAUCAUCAAUUUAGCAUUGUACAAGUAGCCCUAAAAGUUUUUUUUUUUUUUUUAUUCAUCUCUCACCUAACUCUUCUUGUUAGCUGCUUCUCCAAUUAAUACUCUCAAUACCCUGUGUUUCAAGUUUGGUGGACAGGGAUGUCGUCACUGGUUUGCUGUCGUGUAAACGGUUUACAUUUUUUAAUAACAGACUAAACAGUGCUCUUUAUGAUGUUUAAAGAUUAGGACUUUGUUUUAAAACCUAACCCUGCCGGAAACUUCUCCACAACUUUAUCUCUAACAUGUCUUCACGACACUGUUUAUUCACUAAUAUUUUCUGAACCCUUCACAAUCAGCUGGAUUUAUGGGAUUGAACUGCAACUAAGUGGACUGUCUUUUACGAAUAGGUGAUUUAUCUGUUUAUUUCAUUUACAGUUCGAAGUGAACAUGCCACAUGUCAGCACAAAGAAAGUUCUGAAUGAAAAGGAGUAGUCUGAAGAAAGAAAAUCUUAAUCUAUUUUUGAAGCAGCUGGUUGGACUGUAUUUAUUUUGGAGUAUCAGAGUAACAGAAGUUAAACACAAAUGCAGACUUUUCAUAAUUUUAUUUGUACCAUAAUUUCCGGACUAUAAGCAGCUACUUUUCCCACACACUUUGAAUACUGUUUGGCUUUGUAACAACGUGUUUCAAAAAGAUGGACUGCUGCGUGAUGAAGAGGACAGCACAAGCUCAAGAGAAAGACAAAAGUGACAUUGGCAUGACAAUGAAAGAGAGACUGAGGAAGUGUGUGUGUGUGUGUGUGUGUGUGUUUGUGUUUGUGUAUGAGGCCAGGGAUGUUAUUGGAGGGCAUGCACAAAAACCAUCACUGCACCUCACCCACACAAAUACAACCACAUCCCUAACUCGCAUAAUGUGCGUGGCAUACAAAACCCACACAAUGCACCCGACCCACACAAAUACAGGCCACAUGUGCGCAGUGCAAAUGGCACACAAAAAACAGCAGUGUGGCACCGAGUACAAGACAGUCAGUUCCUGCCCCACACAAACAGGCCACGUGAGCGCGAUGCGCGUGCCGCUCAAAAGCAGCGCAUCUGACCCACACGUACAUACAUCCCCACAUAGACUAUUUGAUACAAAUUACACCAAAUAAUAAAAAUGGAAAACAAAGCCUACCUAUUUUAAGUACGGUAAACUGUCUUCCUGCCAGUUCCCAGGGUCAGUCUUCCGUCUGUGACAUCCAGAGGAGGAGUAGGUGAAGUGAUGACAUGUCUGUUUACUCAUCUUUAGAUAGCUUCACCAUAAAGCCACAUUUAGCUAAUGGAAGAAGCUCCAGCUGCAAAGUAAACAAUAGCAAAUUAACCAAUAAAUGUUUUGCAUGGGAUGUGUGUGCAUUUCCUUGGAGACGCACACAGUUUUACAUACAGGAUAUGAACAUUUUAAUUUUUGGACAAGUUCAGGAGAAUGUUUGGGAAAGCAGGAAAUUAAAUAUGGAUCAAGAGCAUGCAGUGGAAGGCUCCUCUGGAGCAGCAGGCAUUGAUCCUGAUCCUCAGAUCCUGUUUUAGACAUUCAUCUGCUUCAGUGCAGCCAAAUAAAUGAUUGAUUGUACAACUUAAUGACAAGCAGAAGAAGCUAUUCAUUCAUUAAUUCUGGGCAUUUUAAAGCAGAAAACAGGCAGGUCAGUCCCCAGCAAUAGGGUCCCUUAGAGAUCCUAAUAGGAGGGACGUGAUGCAAAAAUGAAGUUGUAGAAACUUCUAUGUUCUUUACAUCACAACAGAGUAGUCCGUCUUAUGUUCAUACCAGUAUCCCAUAUAGCCCAAUAUGACCACAGCAUCAACAAGUGAGGUGCAGCCCACAGACGAUACACAAUCCAAGCUAUAAACACGAUUGCACACUGGCUCAUGUUAAAUGCUUCAAAAAUGUAACUGCUGUAUUUGCACAUUUUAUCACCCAGCUAUGUUCGAGAGAUUUUGGCAUAGGGUGCUGCAGGGAAAAUCUCUUUAAGAAGUCUGGAAUGCAGACAUUUGCAUUCAGAACAUACAGUGGCUGCAAACCCCGAGGAGCAUUUCUAGAAAACUCCACGACUACAGUGAAUGUGUGGAAACCACCUCCGUUUGCAAGAUUGAAUGGCCUGAUAAUGUUCAAGUGUAUUUAUCUAUGAACAAAUAGAGCACGCUUUAGGCUGGAUGGAGAAGGCAGUUAUGAUUUUCUUUUCCUUUUUCUACUUUUUCUUCUACUUGCUGUUUCCUUUUGCUUUCCCUAAUAUUAAAAAAAA